UGGAGGACACGUUUGAUUUUUCCGGCGGCUAAUUUGACUGUUCAUCGAGGUGUUUUUCUCAUAAAUGGAUUACUCAAGUGAUCCAUUGACAGAUUGUCAGUCUCAAAUGUUAUCGUUCUGGGAUCUUAUACGUGUUGAAAUAGAUGGCCUGAAAUGUGACCAUGCCGCUUUCAAAACCCAGGACUUACCGCUGGCUCGUAUUAAAAAGAUUAUGAAGUUGGAUGAUGAUAUCAAAUGUAUGAUGAUAAGCGCUGAGGCACCCAUAUUGUUCGCAAAAGCCGCUGAGCUUUUCAUACGAGAACUAACGUUGAGAGCAUGGAUUCAUACAGAACGUAACCGCCGGCGUACUCUUCAAAGAAAUGAUAUUGCAAUGGCAGUCAGUGAUGGAGAUACAGAUCAAUUUGAUUUUCUUAUUGAUAUUGUACCACGUGAAGAAGCAAGAGGACAUCGUCGGCCAACGCAAACAACAUCAACUUCAAAUGCUAAUGGGAAUUCAACGAAUAUUAAGUCGGAAAAUCCUUCACAUAGAAAUAAUUUUCUUACAAAUACAAAUGAUACUCACUCAUUAUCUCUAGGACAAAACUCUGGCCAUAUGGUUGUUUCCGGUUUGUCCAAUGAUGUUACAGGAUCUUCGACCCAACCACAAACAGUAACUGUUGCUCUGGCAUCUGCGGCCCUUUCUGGAGCAACAUCUGUUAAUUCAGCCAUUCCAUGUCAAACAUUAGUCCAACAAAAUCAACCUACAGCUGUCCAUUUUACGACCAUUUCUUCUGGAAGUGGUCUAGCUAUCGCCCAGUCUUCAGCUAAUUCUGGGUCAACUGUAAUAGCAGCUUCAGCACCCAAUGCUACCACAGUCGCUACCACCGCAGCCCCUUUGCAAUAUGUUCUUCAGCUUCCGGUUGGCACAGCUGGAGCAUCAGCUGGUCAGCCAUUUCAAAUACAAGUUCUUCCCCAACAUUUCCAGGCUGCUAACACUGACGCUGUAUCUGCCGGUCAAGCUGGUGCUAUCCUUGCCGAUGGAAAUACACUUCCUUUAGUUCAAGUUGUCUCUCAACCCGGUGGCAUAGCAGUUCCGAUCAUUCAAGAGGCUGGCGGCAGUCGAACUCAAAUUUUACAGCUUCAGAUGCCAGAAUCAACUGCUGGUCAACGACCGACCUUGUUUCUACAGCAAGCCGGCGCUCUGCUAGGGACUCACAUGGGUGCAGUAAUUGCCAGUGUAGAUGGUCACUCUCAACAAAUUAUGUACAGUUUACAAGCACAACCUCUGGUUUCUUCAAACUCUUCAUCAAGAGCCCAAGUUCUUCUUUCGUUGGAUGAGGCAUCUGAAUGUAUCUCAUCUAUUGCAGAUUCAAACUGUAUAACAUCUAAUAGCAGUAUUCAUACUGGUGCUGCUCAGUUGUUAGAUGAAGCAGCUAGUGAAUUAGAUAUUGCAUCAUCUGUUGCUGUACCACAUUCAGUAAGUACUGAAAUACUUGGACGUAAAGAUUACACCCCUCAUUCUACGGAGCUUGAUCACAAGCCAAUUAUAAACUCCGGUAGUGUUAUGAUUACUGAUGACCUUGUAAGUCUGACCGAAGGUCAAGCAGUUGAGAUUCACACUGUAGAGUCAAAUAACAGAGAGUGCUUGGAGUCUGGAGUUGACAGUAAUAAUCCUCACCCAACUGUUAUUACAGAUGAUGAUGAAGCCGUUUAAAAUCAAUACUUUAUUGUAUUCUUAAUGUUGUCCAGUUUUUAUUCCUUGCUUCAAGAUAAAUGUAUGUAUAUAUGUAUACCUCUACAGAACAAACUUCGUUCUGUUAACAAAACUCACCCAUAAUGUGUUUCUUCAAUGUUUUAUUUUCUCACAAUUAUGCUAUGUAUCAAAAACAUGUGUUCAUAAAGUGAAAACUGCUAUACUCUGCAAAUCGUGUGAAUGACAAUACUGAACACUAAAUAUUAUAAUACUUCUAUAUACACCUUUCAGUCUAAUUGUUUAUAUGAGAUUUUGAUGUCCGCAUGUUUAAAAAGGUUUACUCCAAAAUAUCUUGUUUGGUUCUAUUUUCAAAACCUAGUAUUUGUUAUUUCGUUUAUUAACUUUAUCAUUUGUUUCUUGCGAACUAAUUCACAUACCUGUUAAACUAGUCGUACCAAGUUUCAAAUUCAGCAAGCCACCAAUUCUCACAUGUAGUUUUACAGCAGGAUAAUUUUAUUUAAUAAUGAUGUCCCUAAAACAUCGCCUAUCCCCUAACCGAAAUAAUAAGAAAUCCAACUGUUUCUAGUUGAUCUAUUUCAUCUGCCAGAAAAGUAGUUCUGGUUAACCAGUCAAUACUUCGCUGAUCUAGACAGUUUAUUGGUGAAAACCGCAACAAUUAUGUCUAACUGUUCCACGAUAUGAACCAUUGUUGGGUUCGGAAGUUGAUGUCGCUUAUGUCUACCAAAGAGAAAUACGUAAUGUAAGGCUUGGGUAAUCUCGUAUCAACCCAUGAUACUGUACUUCACAUUACAGCACCAAAGGAAGAGUAUCAUAACCAGGAACUAAGAUAACGCCAGCUGAGUAAGUUUGGAGAACUAUUGGAAAGCAUAAGUACG